AUGUUCAUAGGGCGGGCUCUGGCCCAAUGUCUCCAGGAGUCGGACUGCAUCAUGGUCCAGCGCCAUUCGCCCCGCGAAUGUCUAAGCUCUCCUCUCGCCGAGGAGUUACCCACGAAAUGUCAACAGCUGCGAAAAGGAUUCGGCGAGUGCAAAAGGACAAUGGGACUAAUUAUUGGGGUAUUCCCCGGACACAGACGCGGUUUGAUCGAUAUGCGCAAACGCUUCCGUGGUAACCAGCCCAUCUCGGUCUCCAAGGAAAUGGAAGGCGGACAGUCCGGGAAUGCGUCGGGUGGACAGCUUUAUGCUGGACAGCCUGCAUACCAGACGGUCAAGGAAAUCAGUGGCGAUGAAGUCCAGAUGGACCCGGAGAAGACAAGAGGCCUGUGA